UUCGCAGAAACCCAAAGGCGCAAAACUCUCCCCGAAACUCAAAACCCGUCAACAUGUCGCCGAGCUCGAGCACAGCGCGCACCGGAGCCUCGCCGAUCGAGGCCUUCAGGUCGCCGCCUUCUAUCAUUCCCGGCGAGCCCAUCGACUUCGCAUAUUCCUCUUCUUCAUCAUCCAUCUCAAACAUCACGCAGGCUUUUCCUUUCUCUUCUGGAAACCCUAGAAUCGAAGAGACCCGAGGCAUCAUGCUCCUCUACCGCGACGACGACGUCGUCUCCUUCUCUCCCUCCGAUCUUCCUGUUGAGAGGAAGCCGCUUGUUUGCGUACUCGGAGUGCCAAAUCACAUGACAUAUGCCGACUUCUGUAGGUUCUGUGGGUCUUUCAUUCAGCAUAUAUUGGAGAUGCGGAUUGUCAGGACCGAUGGAAUGGAGGAUCGUUAUAGCGUUUUGAUUAGGUUUGAUAGUCAGGACUCCACAGAUCAUUUUUACAAGCACUUCAAUCGAAGCCGGUUCUCAUCACUAGAGGUGGAGGUCUGUCGGAUACUUUUCACGGUUGAUGUUCAAUACACUGGUUCAAUAGAACAUGCACAGGCUCCAUGUAGCUCAACUGAGCAGCCGUCGUGUCCAGUCUGUCUUGAGAGACUAGACCAAGAUAUGAGUGGAAUUCUCACAACUAUCUGCAACCAUUCUUUCCAUUGCUCUUGCAUUUCAAAAUGGACUGAUACUUCUUGUCCUGUUUGUAGAUAUUGUCAGCAGCAGCCUGAAAAGUCAAAUUGUUUCAUUUGUCAAACUUCUGAGAAUCUCUGGAUGUGUAUUAUCUGUGGCUUUGUUGGUUGUGGAAGGUAUAAAGAAGGCCAUGCCAUAAAACAUUGGAAAGAAACACAACAUUGCUAUUCCCUUGAAGUGGAAACACAGCGUGUGUGGGAUUAUGCAGGAGACAAUUAUGUUCACCGCCUAAUUCAAUCAAAAACUGAUGGAAAAUUGGUUGAAUUGAAUUCACACUGUCGGAAUGCGAUUGGUUUCAAAGGAAAUUGCGAGUGUGUAGAUUCUGGAUUCAGUGAGGCUCUUUUGAACAGUAGAGUAGAAGCUAUUGUUAAUGAGUACAACGAAUUGCUUGCUACUCAACUUGAGAACCAGAAAAUGUAUUUUGAAUCAUUACUUCAAGAUGUUAAAGAAGGAACUGAGAGAGAAAUUUCUAAAGCUGUAGAAAAGGCUGUGCCAGUAAAGAAAAUGCAGGACAAGCUGGAUAGAUGUGUAAAGGAGAAGAAAUUUCUGGAUGAUCUUAAUGAUAAUCUUUUGAAAAAUCGAGACGUUUGGAAAGCAAAGAUACUUGAAGUUGAAGAGAGGGAGAGAAAGGCUUCAAAACUGAAGGAAGAUAAAAUAAGCAACUUAGAAGAGCAGCUUAGGAAUUUGAUGCUGUACCUCGAGACAGGGGAUACAGUAGAGUCUUCAAAUGAAACAAAUGAUGGUACGGUCUUGCCAGAAUCAAUCAACUCGUCUCAGCCAUCAAUUAUCAAAUGAAAUGAAGGACGACACUAUCCAUAAUCUGAUGAAGAACAGAGUUUGAAGGAUGGAAGCUUGCUGUUGCACCAAGUUUUCAUGUUAAGGGCGACUGAUGUCAUUUGCUUAAAUUCAGCAUACUGUACAUAUCAAAAAUGUGGGGAUGGCUGUUGGACUUGCACAAGAAUACUGAACGUUCAGUGACCAAAUAUACAUUUUGCAAAUCAUAUUUCGGUAU